AUGAAAUCAAUCAUCCUCCUCGCGGCUAGCGCAGUUACCACUAUCGCAAUACCUCUCCAACUUCGCGCAGACACAUCCCAAUGUCCAUUCUACCUCCCAGACGGCAACUACGAGUUCCCCCACCUCAUCGUCCCAACAAACAAAUCCGACAUCGCCCUAGAAAAUUCUUACUUCGCCGACGUUUCCCCCAACAACUGUGAAACAAUCUUCAACUUCGACAUUCCACCGUCCCGUACAAACCAGCAAUGCUCAGUCUACUUCACUUUCCCCCGCCACGACCAACUCGUCACCUCAGAUUUCAGAUGGAAUGGCAACAACACCAACACCGAAGGUCCAGGAUCUCUCCAACUCGUCCAAUACGCCUACAACACUGGUGCCACAGAAACAACAACCGGAAACACCAAACCACCACUUGGCCCGGAUUCACCCGUAACACUCAACUGUAUCGUUCCAGGAUCAGCAUAUAAAGCAUGGACGGGCUCUUGCGGUGCCAGUGGAGUCAUGAGCUGGGGCCUAAGCAGCACGGACAGCUCGCUGGUGUACUUCCAGGACUGGAAUCCGUGCGCAAUCGGUCUUUGGGUCGUGUAUGAGGUUCAGCCUCAGUCUCAGCCGCAGCAGCCAUCGUGUGGGGCGGCGAAGAUGGAUAUGGCUGCGGCGAUGGGUGCUAUGGCAUAG